AAAUACUCAGGGUUUGCCUUACAAAUUAAGUCACAUUUUUAAAAAAAAACUCAAACUUUUUUGAACCUAAUAAUUUCCCCCAAAUUAUCAAUGAAUACGGAGACGAAUGACUCGACCGAGUUUCGUCAAAAACCGGAUAAACUAAAGCAUGAGUUCCAUAGACAUAAAUUUCGUUUGCAUCAUCAUGCUUAUGAGGAUUUCCAUAGAUCACAAUGGCAAACAAAGCCAACUUCCUGGGCCUUUCUCAUCUAUCGAUGGCUGCUAGCAAUAUUUUUUAAUGUUGGUGUGGCCACCUGUAUCUAUUUUUAUUUCCUUGGCGGACGCUGGUUCAUCUAUCUGACCAAUUGGGGCUUUAUGUUGUGUGGCAUAACUAGCACAACUGGAGCUAUAUGCCUAAGCAUAUAUCAUAAACAUCCUGAAGGGAUGGUUCAGCGUGUUUGUAUUAUUAAAUGCUAUUGGGCUUGCUAUUGGACUAACUUGAUUAUAGCUUAUGUAAUCGGCAUUGUCUACUGGGGUGCCAUUCACUUUAAGAAAGGGGAAGACGAUGAUCGGGGAGACGUUUCAACUGUCUACAAUCUAUGGACACAUGCUAUGCCAUCUUUGCUGUUUACAGUGGAUCACAUGAUAGUGGCUCAACCUUCACGCAUCUUGCAUUUCAUUUAUCCAUUUUUCUUUGGUCUAAUCUAUGGAAUUUUCACUAUUAUUUACUAUCUUCUAGGCGGCUUGGAUGUUCGUGAUCGAACCUAUAUUUAUUCAAUGUUGAAUCAUGCCAUACCACAUCAGUCUUUGGGAACAAUGGCUCUAAUCACCUUACUCAUAAUUGCCUGUUCAACUUUUCACUAUGGUCUAUAUCGCUUGAGAGUUUUCAUAGCAGGCAAACUGAAAAAACUUCAGUGAGGAGGAAAGACUCCAACUCCAGCCCCAUUCAACUAAUUGCAUUAAAGUGAUGCGUGCUAAAACUUGUAAAAAAAAACUACAACUAAAAUGAAACAAAAGAAUGACAAAAAAAUGGGAAAGCAUUUUGCUUAUGUAUCUGUGUCCCUUCUGAUAUGUCACCCUGUCCCUUGUUUGUUGUUUACGCUGCUCGAACGUGUCUGGAAAACCAAAUGCCAAGCAUCCUGGCUCCCAAUUCCCAUACCCAUCCACAAUUCAGUUUGCUUUUUUAAUGCAAAAGCGUGUAAGAUACACACACAGGAAAAAAAAGGAAACAGAACAAAUUGUUAUGAUAGAGUUUUUGUCUGCCCCAUUUGUUCUAUCCAUUCGCUUGACUCGAUUGCAAUGGUACUUUAGUUUUGUGGUCCUUUAAGUAGUUGAACUAAUUGUCAUCUCUUAAUCGUAUUCCAGGAGUUUGAAGUCAGUCAUUACUCAAAUAAACAAUUGCCCAAAGUUUGUUCACUUUGCUUGGUUCACGCGCAAAAGUUAAUCAUACGCUGCUUAAAAUUACAAAUCACCGCAAUCAGCAAAGACAUGGACAGGACAUAAGAGACAAGCUGGAAAUGCGCCGUGGCGCCGCAAUGAAGAUAAUGAUGAUGUUGCUGCAAGGAUAAUAAGAGACGGCCUGCUGAGACGCGGGGUUUCCCUUUUUGUUUUUUUUGUUGGCUUCUUUCUCUGGGUCUCUUCCUUCUCUUAAGUGUUUUAAACUGCGACCAUUUAACGGUAAUUAUUGCAACACUGUGGCACAUUUUAAGUGCUCUUACACCGAACUGCCGUUGGCUUGAUGCUGCUGCUUGAUGAUGGCCACCAUCAACGAACACCUGGCUGCAUAAAUUUCCGGCUCAGCGUUUUACUUAAUCCCGUCUAUUUUGCGAAAGGAUUAUCAAGGCAACUUUUUAAUUCGCUGGCCUCCCAAGUAGCCGACAUCAUCCACAUCCACAUCCACGUAAUGUCAGCAGUUUUCCUGUGGUAGCCUCUUAAUGGUCCAACCCUUCCCCUUCCCAACAGCCUUGCCAACUAUGUACCUGAAGUAAAAAUUUUCACCACGCCUCUUGAAAUCACCUUGCCAUCAUUUCAUUUUUUAAUGCCCAUUGAUGGCCAUUUGAUGCGUAGCCAAGUGAGCGCCCUGUCGACUGACUUGGCAAUGGUAAAACUUUUCCAAAACGACAGCGAAGAUAAUAAUUUGAAAUGAUGGAUUAAAAUAAGCGUUAAAUUGAGGUAAAUUACAAGCAGUUCUAGUCAAUAAGGAUGGUUUUGAAUGUCCAUUUGAAGUAAACUUUACUUGUGACUCGAAAGACUUGAAGAAGAAUAAAAACUUUUGUUUGAAAUAUAA